AGGUGCAGGCAUUCCGGCAGGCUCCAGCUGAAGAGGCAGCAUUACGCAGCUCUCCUUUGAUUAGGCGAUGUCACAGUUGUCAGGGUAACUGUGAGCGGCGGCGGAUCAGAUUUUCUCCUCCUGUGCUGUGUACUGAAUAUUUUAGUGUGCUGGAGCCGGCACAAGGCUUAGGGGAAGGUGCAUUAAGUCUGGCCGGAUUCCAGGAAGGAGACCAGGCUUGUGAGGUGACACCAGGAAAGGACCUUCUCACUGGCUUCUCUAUUCUAGUGGAUAUUGGCCCAUGGUGGGGCCACUGACUAGCCUAUAGAGGAGCUGGCUGCUCCAUUUACUCUUCUUGUGGAACUGCGGCAGGACAGGGGAAUACAUGCUGAUAUUUCUAAAAUCCGAGAAAAAAAAACCUGCGGCAGGCAAUAUGCCAGGAUCUGCUACAACCACUCGGCAGGAUUGGGUGAAGAAAAGUGGCACCAGGCCUACAGCUCCUGUACUCUUCACUAUUAAUGAAGAAGAUGAGCAGCAAAAAAAUGGCAACAGCAAGAAGGCAAAAGCUCCUGAUGGUUCUCAUGGUAAAAUCCAAGAGAAGAAAACGUCAUUGAGCCAGUCUAGAAAAGACAAUGCUCUCUCAAAAUCUGAACCACAACUCGCUCUGAAAGUGGAUGAAAGACUACGACUGGCCAGAGAGCGUCGAGAGGAACGGGAGAAGCUGAUGGCUGCAAGAGAAUCUCUGUGGUUAGAGAAAGAAAUGAGAGCAAGGCAGCAUUAUGAGAAACACUUGGAAGAACGCAAGAAGAAACUAGAAGAACAGAGGGUCAAAGAGGAAAGGAGGCGAUCUGCCGUGGAUGAGAAGCGGAGGCAGAAACUGGAAGAAGAAAAAGAGCGACAUGAGGCAGUGGUAAAACGUGCAAUGGAAAGAAGUAAGAAACCAAAGCGGAAAAAUAACAGAUGGUCUUGGGGUGGUGCUCUACAGAGCAAUACAAGUAUAGGCAGUUCAGAUCCUGACAGGAGGUCAGUAUCAACAAUGAACCUUUCGAAACAUGUUGAUCCAGUUAUUAACAAGCGACUCUCCACAUCAUCUGCGACAUUACUUAAUACUCCAGACAGAGGCCGACGACCGCUACUUAGUCCAUGGGAGUCCACUGUAGUGUCCCGACUACUAACGCCUACACACUCUUACUUGGCUAGAAGUAAAAGCACAGCUGCUCUGUCGGGAGAUGCAGCAUCUUGCAGCCCCAUAAGUCCCCAGCUUUCCAAGACCCCAAUCAGCAAAAGUUCAGAGAAGGCGAGACAUUUUUUCAGCACACCAGAGGCAAUAGCAAGGCGAAGGACCACACACUUUGGAGGAACCAGCAGUGUAGAGAAAAAAGAAAAACGUGAGACAGAUAGGGAGAAUGUAUCGUUAACGCCUACAUCUACUAUAAAGAGGGCAAUGUCUCCUAGUGUACCUAAACCAAAAUCAUCAGCGCCUACCUCUGGUUGGCCUUUACAUAAAUCCUCACCUAGGCCAGUAGUAGCUCCUGUUAAUAGUUCCAUCAAGUUGACCACUACCCCUCAACGUCCACUAUCACCAGGAAAUGUUCGACCAGUCAAAAAAGACAGCAAGGAAGAUUCCAAAAAGAAACAGGAAGAAGUACCACCUAAUUCCACUGAAAUGGAGCGUAUAGAGGUAAAAGAUCCACCAGCAGCAAAUGCAGAAGGCUCUGGUGAGGAAAAGCCUCAUACUCCAAGUCCCGUCACUACUGAAGCUAUGCAAGGGCCACCUGUUCUAGCAUCACCUACUGUGACAAGCAAGCCAUUUGCCAGAACAACUGACCCAGGGGAAGCCACUAGAAUUCUUGCUGAAAAGAGGAGGCUCGCUCGAGAACAAAGAGAGCGGGAAGAGGAAGAGAAGAGAGAACGAGAGGAGGAAGAACGGAGAAAAAAAGAGGAGAUCGCUCAAAGACAAGCCAUGGAAAGAUCUCGUCGAGAGGAGGAGGCAAAACAGCAGGAGGCAGAACGAAAAGAGAAGGAGGAAAAGGAGCGCCAGGAGAAGGAAAGGUUGCAGAAACAGCAAGCAGAGGAAAAGGAGCAGAGGGAGCGCGAGGAAGCAGAACGUCUUCAGAAACAAAAAGAAGAUGAUGACCGUAUUAGGUCAGAGCGGGAAAAACAUUUCCAAAAAGAGGAGCAGGAGCGUUCAGAGAGGAAAAAGAGGCUGGAAGAGAUCAUGAAGAGGACAAGACGCAGUGAAGCGGGGGAUAAGCAGCCCAAUGUUCAGAAAAAUGGAGAGGUUCCUAAAACGGUUGAAAACACAGCCAUUACACCCACCCCCUUAAAAGAGGAGCAGACAUCGGUAUUUCUCCCGGGCGAUGCAGAAACCAUUCGAAAUGGAAAAUCGGUGGCCACAUCGCCAAGGAUUGUUACUUUUUCCCAAGACAGCACAGAGAAACAACCAAAUGAAAAUGGUUUACGAACAACAAACAACAAUUUUGAAGAGAUCAUAAAUUUACCAGUUGGAUCGAAACCAAUGAAACUUGAUUCUCUAAACAAUGAAGGGAGCAGCAUCGAGGACCUUCCACCUCUGAAUCCACUUAUCGCUUUUGAAGUUGAUAAUGUGCAAACACCACAAAGAGCAGAGGUCAUCUGAACACCCAGAACUGAGGUUUAGAAAUCACCCUUAAAGCCCCAGGGAUUCAUUUGAAAAUUUAAAAGGAUUUUUUUUUCUUUCGAAUUUUUGGGAUUUUUUUUUCUCUGAAGGACACCUUUUACUAUUACCAGCUAACAGACUGGCUGCAUUAAACAGCGUUUUCCUUAAAAUGCUGCUUUUUGCACGCAUAUUGUAUGAUGAAGUUUUUACCUACCUGAAAGGAAGAAAAGCAUGGAAGCAUCGAGGUGGAUUGUGGGACUAUUUUGGGACUGUCCGGUUUUAAAUGUAAUUGUUUAACCUGAUAAUCUUUUACGCUGUAUAUGUUUAAUACUUGAAAAUACCCUCAUAGCUCUACGUGUAGGGCUAGGGAGCGGUGUCAUUUAAACCAUUUGGUUUAAAUAUUAUUGCUGAGAACUCCAUUUAAAGGGGCUUUAAUGUAUAGGCUACUGUAUCAGGUUCUCGAACAUGUAAAGUAAUCAUCUCAUAGGUUGGUUUCUUUGAAAGUAAUUGACAGGAUCUUAAUCUGAUUAAUAAUUACAAAUUUAGUAGUUACUAUGAUUUUAUCUGUUUUUAUAGUUUAUUGACCCACUGUCCAGAAAGUAAAUUAUACCUAAUUUUAUCAUACUUGAAUAUUUGUUGUACAAUAACUAAAGUUUAAAAGAAAAAAGUAUCUAUAUUGUAAUGUCCGCUUGACUAUAGAUGUUUCUUUGCCUUACUAAAUUCUUAUACACAUGGAAGAUUCUAUACAUUUAUGGGUUGAAAGAAAGAAGUAAUUAGUAUAACUUUGCUCGUUUCAGAGCAAGAGAGAAUAUAGAACUAUUGAUAAUUUAUCUUUAUUUUUAUUUGUUGGUUAUGGUGUCACAUUCUUCAAACACAUUUUCAUAUGAUUGUUGCUGUUUUGUCUGUUUGCUAAAGGUCUAUAAAUGUGCACUUUUUAAACAAAAGGAAAAACUCACGGCAAUUAUUCACAUAUGACCCGGUAAACUAUUCUAAAAUUCUAGCCCAGAGGUCCCUAUUUCUGGUGGUCACAGAGAGAUCAGGGGUCUGAGUUCUCAGACCCUGAAACCUGACCACCAGAGAUGGGUAUCAUGAGCUAGAACACAGUUUUAGCUAUAGGGUCUGUACACUAUUGGAAACCUGAAAUUGGGGUAAUGUCACAAUGAUGUAAUGAUGUAAAGAUGAUUGGGCCCACUUUUUAUACACAACGUCAUACACUGAAUUUGGUUUGGCUUUUGUUUGUCCUUUUCUUCAUGUACAUAGACAUUAUAUUUAAUGCCUAAAUCAUGUCGUUUUUAUUUGUUUUACGCUAUAUAGCAUGUCAUUAAUUAAUAA